UCAGCCAUGAAGUUCACUGGAUGUUCUUGGGUCAACGUAACCUCCUUCACAGGAUUGUUGCAGACUGACAUUAAAUAUGUGAAGUCAACUGGAGAUGCCCCCACUCACUGUCCUGUGGUUGGCUUUGCUGUUGGUGAUCGUGGGUCUGGAAAACAAGUCUGAGGCAUCUCUUUGCACCAUCACCGAAGACAAGCUUAAGGCCAGUUGCCAAGGCCGGAGUCUGUUCUCUGUUCCGCAAGGUCUCCCCAUCACUUUGCAAGUGUUGGACCUCUCUUACAACAAGAUCAGAAAGAUUAACUCUGCAGAUUUCUCAUCUUUUACCCAGUUGAAAGACCUUGAUCUAAGUUUCAAUCAUAUCAUGUUUAUUGCAAAUGAUUCUUUCUCCUCAAACAUAUUUCUGGAGCAGCUAAACCUUUUCAACAACUCACUGGGGGAGAUUCCCUCGCAGGCUUUAAAGCCACUGAAACACCUGAGAGUACUGAGCAUGUCUAACAACCUUUAUCCCCGUUCAAUGCUAGAUGGCGUGUUCAGCACGUUAAAGAAACUAGAAGUGCUCUCCAUGGGUGGGCCUGCUGUCCAGACGGUAGGCAGUCAGGACUUCCUUUCAAUAAAGGAGAUUCCCUUGAAGAAGUUUGCCCUAAAAACAGCCUUCAAUUUGCUGGAGUAUCAGACUGGAGCCUUUUCUAAACUCAACACCACAGCUCUGUGGUGUGAUAUCUCACUGGACCAAAACACCAAGGCUUUACCUCUGAUACUUCAGGACUUGCAUGGGAAACCACUGCGAUACCUUCGGUUCCGUAAACUUUUUGAGUUCAUGUACUACAUGGCUACCACAGAUCUCUUUUCUGGCUUGGCUGAGUUAGAAGCUGAAGAGCUGGUUUUCUUCAGAGGGAAAUUUAAUGAGAACUUGCUACGCUUAGCCCUCUUGAAUGUUCAAAAGUCUCACAUUCGGGACCUUUCGUUCAUAGCUAUUGAUUUUGCUCGGUCGCCUGAAUGGAAACCACCCGAAGCCGGCAUUGCCAACUUGACCCUUUGCCAUUUGGUGCUGCAGGAUAUUAACAACCCAGACAUCUUGCGCUUUGACUGGACCUUCACCUGGUUUGCUGGUGUAACUUACCUCUAUAUCCUCAAUGUCAACUUUAACUAUGUGCCCUGCGAUGCCUGGGGUGAGAUGAGGAAUGUGGUGGCCCUGAACAUUUCAAGAAACCGCCUGAAAAACGACAACAUCUACAACCAGGCCUGCACUGGCCGGGACACCCUGCCCAAAGUGGAGGAUUUUAACGUGACCCACAAUGAACUGACCAGCUUGAAAACAGUGGCCGACUUGACGUCAAGCUGGGCCCGACUGUCCAAAUUAGAUUUGAGCCGCAACCUAAUUGGAGGCUUGAAUGAGCUUCCAUGUACUUGGACUCCCAGUCUUGUCUGGCUGAGCUUGGCUUACAAUGCAGUUACCAUGGAGAUCUUUAAUUGUCUUCCCAUCACACUGCAUUUCCUGGAUAUGUCACACUCUGGCUUGGAAGCACUCAACAAGGGUUACUUUGAACUUGCUGUUGAUCUCAAAGAGCUGCUGCUGAGCGGGAACAAGAUCAAAUACAUUCCCACAAAGUGGAAGUGUCCAAACCUGAGAACUUUGCAUGUGGACGGCAACUCCUUUGGGGCCAUCAACAAGGGCUCCUUUGGUAACAUGCCAUUUCUUGCCUAUCUGAAGGCAGGGAAUAACCCUUAUCACUGUGUCUGUGACCUCUAUGGAUUCCUUCAGGAGACCUUGAGAGAUGGCAAGCUAACACUGCUGGAUUGGCCCAAGGGGUGGACCUGUUUUCAUCCUGAACCUCUGCGGCACACUUCUGUGGCAGCUUAUGCCCCAAGGGUGACAGAGUGUGAUGUCACUGUGGUAGUGGCCAUUGCCGUCUCCAUCACAGCCACAGUGGCAAUUGUCUGCAUGGUGUUGUGUUGGAAGUUUGACAUUCCUUGGUACCUCAAAGCCACUUUCCGCAUUGUUCGUUCUAAAUACAGAGCUAGCCACUCCCAGCCAUCCAAACCAUUUGCCUACCAUGCCUUCAUCUCCUACAGCUGCUCUGAUGCCGAGUGGGUGAGGCAUGAGCUCCUCCAGCGGUUGGAGGCUUCAACACCGCCAUACCGUGUAUGCAUUCAUGAACGGGAUUUCACACCGGGUCGGUGGAUCAUUGACAACAUAAUUGAGAACAUUGAAAACAGCCGCAAGGUUAUCUUUGUUCUCUCGCGGAACUUUGUAGACAGCGAGUGGUGCAACUAUGAACUCUACUUUGCCCACCAGCGGGCUGUGGGCUUGGGCUUUGAAGAUGUGGUUCUGGUGGUGAAGGAGCCCAUUGACCUACAAGCUUUACCCAACAAAUUUUGCAAGUUACGGAAGAUGCUGAGUACCAAGACUUAUUUAGAGUGGCCUUUGGAACCCAGCCGGCAGCCCUUCUUCUGGCUCCAGCUGAAGUCUGUUUUGGGGAAGGCUGAGAUGGUCAAUAUUGUGGAUCCUGGCAAUGUGGAUCCCAACAAUCUGGUUCUCAAUGACAUUGAGCUAAUAUCAGAUGAAGUGACUGACAGUACCUUUGAGCUGAAUGAUCUAUCUGAGGAAAAUGUCACUGUGGAUACUGAAAUAAGCUAGGUUGGGCUUAUUGCAAGACAGGGCUC